AUGGAUGGUAUUAUUGAAAUCACAGCAGAUAGCUCAUUAACUUCUGAAGGUUUAUCUGCAUGCUUGAACCGUAAUGACCCUCCUGUGAUUGUAAAGAACAACAAGACGAAACAAAUCCGUACAAAUGAGGCUUCUGAAGAAAUCGAAAUAUUGGAUGGGAUUUCCCUUUUAUCUUCCCCUCAACUAGAUGUUCCGAAUGAACCAGUCGUGAAGACUAAUACCGCAGUCAAUAAUUCUAUUGAGUUUGAUCUUCCCUUCGUGAAUGAUAGUACUAAUAGCAACGUGAAAUCUACAAACUCCGAUAACAUGUCACACGUAAAGCCUAGUCAAGCAAAUGGUAAAAGUUUCAAAAGAACCCGUAGUUUAUUGGAUGAUAUCAGAGAUGAGCUUGGUAGCGACACCUCUAGUAGUGAGGACUCCAUAGAUGUUGACUUUAAUCAAUUGAAUGGCUCGAUCUUCAAAAAGACUGAACAUAACAGAAGACGGAGACUCUUUCAAAAAGAUAAGAAAGAGGUAAUAGCCCAAACAACAGCUGAAAUUGCUGUCAAUUCGACAGAUGAUAUCAUCGUGAUAGAUGAAACGGAAUCAUCUGUCCCAAAACCCUUUGAAGACAGUUCUAAAAUGAUCCAACCAUCACAGGACUUACUCAAGGAUUUCCUGGCAUCCUCCCAGGUGUCGACAAACAGUGAUGUAACACGUAAGAAAAAUUUUGCACAGAUAUGUAUCUUUUCUGAUGAUGAUAAUAUUGUUACUAGCUCACAAAAUACUAAAAAGAAAUCAACAACUUCUCAGAAUUCUGAAAUAAUGCGAAAAAGAAAGAAAUCUAACAUAAGGUUAUUGACGAAGAAUACAGAAAACGAACUUCCUACAGUUGAUCUUGAUAUUAGUUUGUUUCUAGACGAUGAGAACUUUGAUGUGACACCGAUAAAUAUUUCUAAAAAGAGAACAUCUUCAGUUAUCGAGAAACGUGAAAGAAGUAAAGAAAAGGUUGCUCCAAUUAUUCAAAGAUCUCAAACAAUGGGAUUGAGCGAUAAACCAGGCGCACAAUCUGGUACCCUGGCUAAUGGGACAAGCUUUGUGGAUAUGCUUUCGAAGUAUAUUAUCAAUGGUCGAGACUUUUCAGAUGAAGAAUCAACACAUUUGAUAAAACAAUCAUUACAGAAUGAUAAAAAUAAAUUUAGGCAGGUUAAUCAGAUUUAUCGAGAUAAUCAAAAGGCACGAGAAUGUAUUAUUGUCGAUAUGCCUAAGUCAUUAAUUGAUACAUUUAAGGAUACUAAGAUUAGUGUUGAAGAAUUACUUGAACCUGGUAAAAUGCGUAGAGGCUAUGUAGAUCAUUUACCAAUUAUUAGAUUUUUUAGGCACUGUGACAGCAUAUAUGAUUUUAAACACGAUUAUUAUUACCCUAGCGAAAACCAACUUUUGGAAGAGAAUGUAGCAUUACUUUUUUAUGAUUCUAAAGACUUUUUUGAUCAAUAUGUUAAUAAAAAGAUUGAACUAUACAAGGGUAUACAUUUUUACACAAAACAGGGUAAACAGAUUAUUGUUGUUCUUAAUGAUAUAAAUAAAUUUAAACGUCAACUAGAAGCAGUUGAAGAUAAACAGUACAAGGAGAAGGUCAAUGAACAAUUGGUUGGUGAAGCAGAAGUUCCCAAAACCAGACCUAAAUCUUCUUCAAACCUUGCCAUGGCGGAAAAACUAGGAUUGAGUACAUUUACUUUAGAACAAAAGAUACGAUUUAUUGAUCGAAAGUGGGGGGUCCAAAUCGUUACUGUUAACUCUACCAUGGAAUUCAUUCAUUCUCUUCCUAAUAUAACAACCUUGAUUGCGAAAAAGAGGAUGGAUCCCACCUUACGGUUUUUGAAGUACGCUUAUAUUAAUGUAAAAUCGGGGAUUGAUCAAUCUGAUAUGUUACGCAAAGUUAUGCAUGAUAUUGGGAAAAUUCCUGAUCUAAAAGCAGGUAGUAUUGUGAGAACAUAUCCCAAGUUUUGUCAGUUGUUGAGCGAUUUCGAAAAUGGUCAAUUAAGAUCCGAUGCGAACGGUAAUUAUCUGAUGACACCUGCUAUGGAAACUAGACUAUUCAAGCUUUUUACGUCUAACGAUCCUUCAGAAACGUUGCUUUAA